AGCAUAUUGGGACAAAACGAAACACAUUAUUGUUUUUCUGCCAAAACCAACUUUUUAUUUUGCGAAUCUUUUAAACUGUCAGUAAAAGCAGCAGUAUGGAGUUCUUGAAAAGCUAUUUUAUGUUGCCAGUUCUUCUCGGAUGUUAUGCUUCAGGGGAGGCGAUUAGGAGAGUUAGACCUACAUCCUUAUGUGGAAACGAUGAGUUUUUAUGCAAGUCUGUUACUCGUUGCAUACCUAUUGCAUGGAGAUGUGAUUGUUCCAAUGAUUGUGAUGACGGAAGUGACGAAGAAGACUGCGAGUUGGCGUGUCCUACUACCAGAUCUUUGACAACUCCUAGCACCAUUAUACCGUAUAUAAAACACACUACCGAAACAGAGAAACCCCAGAAACCAUGUCCUGAGGAAGGUCAUAAACUCUGCGAUGAUGGCAAGGCAUGCAUUCCUGCUCUCUUGGUGUGCGAUGGAGUUCCAGAUUGCCCUGAUGGUUCAGAUGAAAAAUAUGGAUGUGAGAAUUCAAGUGUAUGUGCCGAAAAUUUCUUCUUCUGCAAGCACAAAAGCCCAAUUCCCUGUGUACCGAGGGAUAAGCUGUGUGACGGUGUAAACGAUUGUUCUGAUGGAUCUGACGAAAGCAUUUGUGGCAAAUGUCCGGGAAUGUUUUGCCGUAAUGGAGGAGUGUGUCGCUUGAUUAAAAGAGCUCCCUCCUGCGUAUGUAAAUCUGGAUAUGGUCAAAACAGAUGCGGGAAUAUUAUAGCACCAAAUAUGACAAGUUUUUUCAACAAUUCUGGAUGGAUAACAAGUGGAUCUAUAGGAACAAUCUUGCUGAUAGUAAUCAUGUUCUUUAUAAAGUACAGGAGAAAGGCAAAUACUGAAAAAACAAAGACAGCAUACUCUGCAAAGAAUCAAGAAUUUAGUCUGUACUUUAUAACUAUAGUACACUAGAAGUGUGAGGGUAGCAUCUGAAGACUUUCGCUUGCUUUUUAGAAUGGAAACCCAGAUGGAAAAAUUCAUGUCAUCCUUCCUUCCUCAUUGCCAUGCCAUGCAUCUCGUAUACAUCUUUAUAGAAGCACUGAGCUUUUUAUUAUUCGAAACUCACGUGCAUUAUGUAAAUACAGCCGAGGAGCUUCAAGAGACGCAGAACAUUUUUAAGGUUUAUGAAGAUUACCAUGCAAAAUUCAUUCAGAUUCUUUUCUUUCAUUUGAUAAAUUACUUUUUUCUUGUUUA